GGGCGGCGAGGCCCCGCCCAGCGCUGCGCCCCGGCGGUUGUGCGGAGCGACGGGAAGGUGCAGCUCGAGCGGUGGCGGCGGCGGUGAGUGAGUGAGGCAGAGAAGAACCUUCAAGAUAGCACACCUCCAGCUGUGCACUUCAGUGGGGCUAAGACUGAUCCAGCAUUCCACCACUUCUUUCCAAUGCUCGACAAUUCUUCGUGUUGAACAGAUGCAUCUGCUGAGUAAGUUGGAAAUGUUACCGGGUCUGAUGGUACCAAGCAACCAUUGAACCGUUGUGAGGCCUCCCACCCACAUCACCAAAUACAGCCGUGCAACAUGUCACAGCCACAGACAAUAUGGGCAUCCGGCACAGAAUGUAUAGCCAAAUACAACUUCAGUGGAAGUGCAGAACAAGACCUUCCCUUUAACAAAGGAGAUGUUCUCACCAUUAUUUCAGUCACUAAGGAUCCAAAUUGGUACAAAGCAAAGAGCAAAAUUGGUAAAGAAGGUAUCAUUCCUGCAAACUAUGUCCAGAAAAGAGAAGGAGUCAAAUCUGGUGCAAAGCUUAGCCUUAUGCCCUGGUUUCAUGGAAAAAUUACUCGUGAGCAAGCAGAAAGGCUACUGUAUCCUCCUGAAGAUGGUUUAUAUUUGGUACGGGAAAGUACCAACUAUCCUGGGGACUAUACACUGUGUGUGAGCUGUAGUGGGAAGGUGGAACAUUACAGAAUCAUUUAUUCUUCCAGCAAACUUAGCAUCGAUGAAGAAGCCUACUUUGAUAAUUUGAUGCAAUUAGUAGAGCAUUACACCAUGGAUGCUGAUGGGUUGUGCACGCGUCUCAUCACUCCGAAGCUUAUGGAAGGGACGGUGGCAGCCCAGGAUGAGUUCUCCAGAAGUGGAUGGGCACUAAGCAUGAGGGAGCUCAAAUUGUUACAAACAAUAGGCAAAGGAGAAUUUGGAGAUGUGAUGUUGGGUGAAUAUAGAGGCAACAAAGUAGCAGUCAAAUGCAUCAAACAUGAUGCAACUGCCCAAGCAUUCAUUGCAGAAGCCUCUGUAAUGACGCAACUCCGUCACAAAAACUUAGUUCAACUUUUGGGUGUCAUUGUCGAAGAAGGCGGGUCAUUAUACAUUGUAACAGAAUACAUGGCGAAAGGCAGUUUGGUGGAUUACCUGAGGUCAAGAGGAAGGUCUGUCCUUGGUGGAGACUGUUUACUUAAGUUUUCCAUUGAUGUCUGUGAAGCAAUGGAAUACUUGGAAGCAAAUAAUUUUGUACAUAGAGAUUUAGCUGCUCGUAAUGUCCUGGUCUCUGAGGAUAAUAUAGCUAAAGUUAGUGAUUUUGGUCUGACAAAAGAAGCUUCUUCAAUGCAAGACACUGGGAAGCUCCCUGUAAAAUGGACUGCACCCGAGGCUCUUAAAGAAAAGAAUUUUUCUACAAAAUCAGAUGUAUGGAGCUUUGGCAUUCUUCUAUGGGAAAUUUACUCUUUUGGGCGAGUGCCUUAUCCCAGAAUGCCUCUGAAAGACGUGGUUCCUCGUGUUGAGAAAGGGUACAAGAUGGAUCCACCUGAUGGAUGUCCGCCUGCUGUGUACGAGUUAAUGAAACGGUGCUGGGAGCUUGACCCUGGUCGUCGACCCACAUUCAGGCAGUUGAGGGAGAAGUUACAAGAUACCAGAAAAAUGGAACAGCACCUGUGACACCAGAAUGCCAUGGAACUUCCUUUUUUCUUAAAGACUGCUCGACAUUAAACCAAGAGUGCUGAGACUUUUACAAAGCAAUCUUCUUAAGAAAAGAAAUUGAACUCUGCAUAUCAUGGCCUUGUGUUUCAUUUCCCCCUCAGUUAUGUGUGCUGCAACACAAUAUCCCUCUAUCCCCAUUAAAGAAGCAUGCUUGAACACCUUUGUCGAGUCCUUUGGUCCUUGUGGUAAUUGUUUUGUGCCAAGUGCCUCCAGCCACAAAGACGGUGCUUACUUUGCAAUGUGUUUAUUUCGACCAAAACGAGAUUUCACAAAGAGGAUUGGUGAAGAGACGGUUUUCUUUAACCAGCAUAACACAGUUUUGUGUUUUUUUUUGCUUUCCCAUCUAAAUUUGCUUAGCCAGGUUUUUUUAAUACUUAAAUUGUAAUUUUUUUAUAAAAUAAAAAGGGUGUUUUUUUUUAAAUGUUCUGUAAUGUUCCACAGAUUUGACAAACUCAUUGCAUGUAGUGUGGGAGGCAUUCAUUUCUGUCAGUGCGUUACAUCAUUUUAGCUGCCAAGGAUGAGAUUAAAUAAACCAUUCCAUAUGAUCAGUUCUAAA